AGGUGAAAAAAAAUGGAGAAAAGAAAAACAAUUCGUUCCGAAGUUCAGUGUAAAAGUGCAACGUGUUUCCUGAUAAAAAAUUAUAUACCUUUGUUUUCGCCGGGUACCAUUUUUUUAAUUAUCUUGUAAUGGGCAAAAAGAACAAAGCGCACAAACAUCCGUCGCUUGCAGAUGCCAACGAAGUUAUUCCAGAAGCGAAGCAGAGCAAAAUGACUUCCAAAAACACAUCUAAUGGCAAAAAAAAGGAAAAUGGUGGUAGUGGCAGUGGCGGUGGUGUUACAGGAUUCCAACUGUUUAUAUUCUUUAUUGCUUCUUCUUCGAUAGGAAUAAAUAUUGCUCUAAUUUAUGGCUUAAUACCAAUUCAAGGAUGCACUGGACCAGCUGGCAAACAAGGAGAAACAGGACCUGCUGGUCCCCCUGGUGCAACAGGUAUACCUGGACCUAAUGGACCUCCAGGUGAAGAAGGCCCAAGAGGAUUUCCAGGAGCUCCAGGAGAGCAGGGUGUACAGGGUGAACAAGGUCCACCUGGAAAAGAUGGUGUAAAUGGCCCUGCUGGACCACAAGGUCACCCAGGCGACACAGGGCCACCAGGAGCACAAGGUGACAUUGGACCGCAAGGAAUAGAAGGACCAGCAGGACCAAAAGGGGAUAAAGGAGAUUCUGGUCCACAAGGCCCACAAGGACCUGUAGGACCUGAAGGUCAACAAGGACCAAUUGGACCUGAAGGUCAACAAGGACCAGUUGGGCCUGAAGGUGCACCUGGAUCACAAGGACCAGCUGGAAGUCCUGGGCCUGAAGGACCAGUGGGGCAGCCAGGACCUGAAGGACCACGAGGGUCACAAGGUCAGCCCGAACGUUCUUGAUCUUAUAAUGAUUGUCUACGCUACGUUUUUGGUUGUGUUUUUACAAUGCAGUUAUUAUAUAGAUAACAUGAAUUGUUAUAACUUGUUUUAAAUUAAAUUUUUAGCAAAUUCAGAUGUCCCUUUAUGAUUUUUAAAUUCCCCUUCAAUCAAUCGUUGUCUUUAGAUAUGCAACCUAAUGAUUUUAUCUUUGCAAGCAUCUACCAUUAGAGAAUUUUUAACAGCUUACUACUCCUCAUAGUACUGUAUUUUGAUAAUAGAGUUUAAUUUUUCUAUGAUUUUAUAUUUUAUUACUGAGAUAGGU